CUCGACACGUGAAGGCAUCACGGUGUUUCUCCGCCCGGACGGUCAGUGACAGCUAGCAGCAGCAGACCGACACGUGAAGGCAUCACCGACACACAGCGCACAGACGGAGCUGAAAUCCGCGAACAUGAAGGACAACAGCUUGCCACGUAUUGUCAUUAUUGUCUUGUGUACGGUGGUUUUUAUUGCCGUUUUAAUUGUUAACGCUUUGGCCGGAGCUGGAAGAGGUCCUUUUCAUUCUUCUACAGGUAAUGUGUCAGGCCGCUAUGAGACAGACAUCACCCCAGCUGGCUGGACCUUCUCUAUCUGGGGCGUUAUCUAUACCUGGCUCACCCUGAUGGUGAUAUACAUCACUACAUAUGCAUUUAGAGGAUCAUGGGCUCAGUGUCUGAUGCCAUACACCUUCUAUUUUUGCUGGCUGGCCAACAUGGUGCUGAACAUGAUCUGGCUGCUGCUGUGGGAUAGAGAGUUGAUGCUUGCAGCUCUGGUUGUAUUAAUCCUGAUGACAAUUUGCAACUACACUGCUUUGUUCUUCUGUUGCUUUGCCACAGAUUACUAUGGACUCUGGUUACAGACAUUCCAUCGCAAAGACCUGUACUGUCUCAGAAUACUGGUUCAGAAUGGUUUGGCUCUUUACACCACAUGGACGACCAUCGCUUCUCUGAUCAACUUCUCAUUGGUUCUCCACCUGUGGGGUGUGGCCAGGAGCACAGCAGCAACAGCUUCUCUAUGCAUCCUGUUUGCAGAGGUAGUGGGAUGGUUCCUCCUUGAGAACUGGGUGCUGGACCGUUGGGUGCGUAACAUCCUGACCGUGUACCCCGUUGUGAUUGUGGCUCUGGUUGGAAACGUCUUCAAACAUUUUAACCCAGCUGAUCCCACUCCCAAUUCUGUGUUUAUGGUGGCAUUGCUGGUGUUAGCAUGUGUCCUGCUGGUUUCCCGACUCUGCUCCGUCAUCUGGAGAAACAACAGGCGGCCUCUCCACUCGCCAGGCUCAGCACGGCUCAUGGUAUCACCCCUUGAUGGCCAAAGAUUCAUGAUUUUGACUUAAACAGGAAUAUUUUCAGUACCUCCUGUCAGGCUACUCUUAAUUACAUAUUCAAGUAUUAAUGUAAUGGGAAGGCAGGAAAAUCUCUCUUCUUCACAUUACUCUUUUUGUCCCUCAACUGUAAUCAAGACAAUGGGACACUUUUAAUCACUAAUUACUCCUAUGACUGUUAACCAUUACUUACCAUUAAUCUCUGUAUGUUAUGUACUUUUUAAACAAAAAUGUUAUAGUUUUAUUGUUACAUUUAUGGCUUUUUUUUAUUAUUGUGUAUCCAUUCAAGUACAAUAUACUAUAUACUGUCAAACUACCUUUAUACAAUUUAAGUUCAAUAGAAUGUUAAAGAGCUUUGUUGAGUUCAUUCUGAGUGGCCAAUUAAAGCAUUCUUUUUCACAUCUAA